AUGAGGACCACCAAGUGCCAGCUGCUGGUGACCAGCCUGUGUGCCAUGCUGCUGGGGUUGUCCAUUGCCACGCUGAGCACAGUCACCCACUACGGGCUCCAUUUCACCCUCAUGAGUGACAUUUCCCUGGACAACAACUCCUACAGGGUGAUCCACCAUGCAGUUUUCUACUCUGGGAUCUGCCUCAGCAUGACCCUGAUCCUUGCAGCCCUGCUGAGCUCUGCCGCCACGGUGCGGGAAUCGCAGUGUCUCACCGCCAUGGGGUUUUUCUGUUUUGCUCUGGCCUUCAGUGGAUUGCUCCCAGCUGCCUGCUGGAGGUACACACACAGUACAGAGGUGGAAGACAGCAUGAUGGAUGUGUAUGAUCUUGUGUAUGAGGAGGUGAGGAGGAACACCUCCAGCAUCAGGAGGUAUGAGCUGACUGCCAUCCAUGAAGCAUUCCUGUGCUGUGGGAAGCACUCUCCGUUUGGGGACACGGCCGAUGUUGAGAGCAAGACGUGUCCAUCAAGCCUGGUGCAUGGAGCAGGACAGGACUGUCUGCAAGAGAUCCAGGACUUCCUGAAGAAGCACCUGGACUUUGUUUCCACACUCCUGGGCAUCACCAUCGGCUUCACGAUUUAUGGGAUGAUCCUGACUUCAUUCCUCUGGUUCUCCAUCCACUUCAGCAGCAACUUGGACCGUAAAGGCAAAUACAUCCUGCGAGAGAGGUAG